CUGCUGCCUCAACACCACAGCCCGCAUACCGACCACAGCCUCACUAGAACUCUACCACAUCUUACUCUUGCUACCCACCCCCCAACCACCGCACUCGCCGUCAGCCAGCUCCCCCGACGCCGGACAGCCCGGAAUCUUCCUGUUCCUGACACAGCUCGUGAAAAUCAGUGCAUCCAGCUCUUGCCGACCCCUCGACAACGUCCAACGCCUUCUCUAGGCCACUCUGGCUUCUCCGGCCACCACCGCCAACACGUCACCCCUCAUCCUCAACCGCACCCACCUCACCUUCGAAGGCGAUCCGCGCCCCCAGAGGCUGAGUGCAAACACCGCCGAGCGCAAGAUGGUCCUGGACGCCAAGAAUGUGCGGAGGAGGCGGUCCAGCAGUCUGGUCUACACCGAACCCGCCGAGUCGGAGGAGCAGAUCAGCGACCAGUCCGUCCUGCCUAACCUCAACGCCAACUGGGUCAAUGCCAAAGGAGCAUGGGCCAUCCACGUCGUCCUCAUCAUUAUCGCCAAGAUCCUCUUCGACAUCGUCCCCAGCAUGUCACAGGAGACGUCGUGGACGCUGACUAAUAUCUCGUACAUGUUCGGCUCCUACCUCAUGUUCCACUACGUGCGCGGCGUGCCCUUUGACUUCAACGCCGGGGCCUACGACAACCUCAAUAUGUGGGAGCAGAUGGACAAUGGCGACCAGUACACCCCAGCCAAGAAGUUCCUGCUCAGUGUGCCCAUACUGCUGUUCUUGAUCAGCACGCACUUCACCCACUAUAAUUUGACAUACUUUGUGAUUAAUUUCUUGGCGACUGUUGCCGUUGUGUUACCGAAAUUGCCGGCGGCCCACCGGCUACGAAUGGGCAUCUUCAACAACCCGCCUGACGACCGAUAGCCCCGCGCACCCCGCCUGUCUCUAUUCUAUAUCCCGGUCUUGGUCUUUCCUCUCCUCAUUUCUUGCAUUGUACGCAUAGCUCAUAAUCAAACUCAGCCACUACGGCACGGUGUCUUUGGAAAGCAAUGGGAGGUAUCUGGCAUGCUACGGCGUUGGUAUCCUGUCUAUCAGUUCCCCUGAGCGCGAGCGCGUCCUGUUUGUUCCUCCCACCGAUAAAAAAAAUUGGUUGCAUCGUUGCAAACUCAAAAAGGAUGGGUAUGCUGUAAGAAGGCAACUCGGUUGUGCUAAGGCUAUACAAAACAAUUUCUCCUCUAACUCUCUCUAUUACCCCG